AUGGCCAAAUUUCUAACAUUAUUCUUGUUCUUAGUGAGCUCUUUUACUGUAUUUGCCCAAGAGCUUGAAACUUCUCUACACACGCGAGUUCAUUCUCCAAUUGCAACUCCACCACAUCACCACCACCACCACCACCACCAUCACCACCAUCAUUCUCCUGCUCAUGCUCCUAGUUCUUUAAAAAAGCCACAUGUUCACUCUCCUACUCGUCAGCCAACUCUCCCACCACAUUACAACCACCACUACCAUCAUUCUCUAGCUCAUGCUCCUAGUUCUUUAACAAAGCCACAUGUCCACUCUCCUACUCACCAACCAACUCACCCUCCACAUUACAACCACCAUCACCCUCCUAGCCACCAACAAGCUCACCCACCACACCACCACCGCCGCCAUCACCACCACCGUUCUCCUGCUCAUGCUCCCAUCCCUUUAAUAAAGGAGCCAGUUCACCCUCCUACCCACCACAAAGCUUACCCACCACAUCACCACAGCUCUCCACCUUCCAUUCCUCUUUCUAUUGAGAAAACUCCAGUCACCUAUCAUAUUCACCCACCAGCCCACUCACCACACCACCACCGUCACAACCACCACCACUCUCCUGCUCCUACUCCUUUCCUUGAUAAUUAG